AUGGCAUCGAAAAUUCCGAGUCUGGAGUCAUUGCUACUCGAUCCAGGCUUGACGCCAUUGUACAAGCCCCUUGCAGCCAGAGAGAUCCGACUCCUCGUGAUCCAACCAGGCGUGUUUCGUGAGCAACUCAGGUGCCUCUUGAAGACAGUCUCACUCGAUCACGAGCUCCCCCGCUUCGAAGCGCUGUCAUACCGCUGGAAUGAACUUCGGGAUACCGUCAUAGUCGAUGAUCACACCGUCUCUGUUCCGUCAGAUCUGGCUUGGUUCCUUCGCCGAUUAAGACGCAAGGCAACUCCGCGCACAGUCUGGGCAGAUUCUAUCUGCAUCAACCAAAGCGACAACCAAGAGAAAGGACAUCAAGUCAGCAUGAUGCGCGAGAUAUAUCGACGUACCGCCGAAGCUCAAGUCUAUAUCUGCGAGGGCCCAGGCUCAAGUCGGCAACAGGAAGAAGACGAGACCCAAGAUGACGAGUAUCGACCGUACCACUGGUAUGGCGACGAAAGAGACGUCCAUCUCUCUACACUACUUGCAAAGUAUGGUCACCAGCCGUUGAGCUACAUGAUGAUGGAAAUAGUGGCAAUCGGGUUGUUGGCAUGCAUCAACGACCACUUCUGCUCCCUGGACAGAGUCAUAACUGAUGUCAUUGGACUUUUUCAACAGUCACUACGCAUUUUCUCAUACAUGGUGGAGCAGCCAUGGUUCUCUAGGAUCUGGACAUUCCAAGAAGCGGUGCUUCCCAAUGCUGUAUCCGUGCAUUUUGGAGUUUGCGUCUUUCCACUGGAUAUGAUGCUGCGUGCAUCCCAAAAAAUGUUGUAUCUCGCAGGAACAAAAGGCCCUUCAUGCUGUUCGUCGAGUUGGGAGCGACUACCGCCUCUGGGUGCGGCGGCUACCGGCCACAUUGAGGGACAUUUAUGGGAUCUAAACUACCAUCGCGAAACGGCACAAAAGGAUAACAAAAGUAGGAUCACCAAGGGUAGUGAUUUGGUGCUUUUAUUGGACGCUACCAGGAACAGACGAUGCCAAGAACCUCGGGACCGAAUAUACGGACUGCUGGGUCUGGUAGACAAUUGGCGCUUCACCGAGCCAAUCGUGCCCGAUUAUUCGAUCAGUCUUGAAGAGCUGUACAUAACAGCGACAUGGAAAGCAAUGAUAGAAACACAGUCGACGCUGCUACUUGCUUACAACAAGCCAGGGAAGGGAUUGAACUUGCCAUCUUGGGUACCUGACUGGUCACGAACUUUAUCAGUGGCCGAGAAGGGGUCGAUCUCAUUGACACGGUCUUCGAUUAGUUACCCGGGGAGCCAAGCCUUUGAGCUUUUGUCAGGUAACAGACUGCGCCUCAACAUGGUAUUCCUUGGGAGUAUCCAAAAGGCUCUUGAUCUCUCCGACUUUGGUCUUGAGAAAACUACAGACGUUCCCCUAGCCUGCGAUGCUGUUGUUGGAGCAAUACGUGCCUGCCGGGGAAUGGUUGGCUUGCCUACCGACCAAGAGUCAACAGAAGAACCUUUCAGGUCUAGAGAUAAGUUUUUUAGAGACAAGAUUCUGACAGACUGCUAUUUUCAAGUGACAAGAGGACAUCAACAGUGGAAGAAGAAUGAACCCCCCAGUCUGGGCGAGCAGCCAACCGACACAUUCCAUGGAGGACACGCUCAAUCCUUCUUCACCCUGGCCGACGGUCGUUUCAGUCUGACCAAUUUCGAAUGUUCUACACAAGACGCGGUAUUCGCAACAGUUGGUGGUCUUUCUGUGUAUCUAGUCCUUCGGCCGUACAAAUCGACCCAGACGUGGCCCGACGUGGAAGAAUGGGAAUUGAGAGGUCCCUGCGAACUCCGCGACUUCACUGAAGACGUCAAGAAAGAGCCUCUCCAGGGAGAUGUAUACUCAAUCACGUUAGUGUAG